AAUAAUUUGGGUGAGAAAACAAAAAAGAAAUAGGAAAAGGGUUUACUAACGCCAAAAAACCCAACCCUUGUCUGCGUUCUUCAUCAGCGCCGCGUUCUCAAAGUUGCUCUCACAGUCUCCGAUCUCCAAUUUUAUAAGUUAUGGCUGGAAAAGCUGCAGAAGCUGUGGCAAAGACAGUGACAGGGUUUCAACAUCCAUGGAGGGCGAAACUCGAUAAGUACAGAACCGAGUUGACGAAAGGUGUGUGGGGUUAUUGGGAGAUGGGAGCAUGGAAACCGUUAGGGAUAAGUGCACGAAGGAGGGCUAUGCUGAGGAAAGAAGUGUUGACUAAUGGAGAAGAUUGGCCUUAUGAUCCAGAGAGGAAAGCUAUGAGGACAAAGAGGAAAGGGCAUAAAUGUGAUAGAAUUUCAGCUGAGAAAAGAGAGAACACUGCGAAGCUUAUGUUGAAGAUGCCUCAGAUGUUGCUUGAUUAUAAGAAGAGAAGGUGGGAAAAGAAGAUGAAGGAAGAAGAGAAAGCUAAAGAAGACAAGUAAUUGAUUUGUUGAGAUCAUGAUUACUAUAGACUUGGUUGAUGAAUAAGAAUAAUUUAGUUUGUUGAUCUUAUGAAAUCUUGGAAGGUUUAAGAUCACAAGUUUGCUUCUGAUAUACUUUUGUAUGAUGUUUUUUUAUGUUUGUUUUUAACAGAACCCAAAAGUGUUUGUGGUUAGGAUCGGAAUUUGUUUUUCAACCAAGACUAAUUUUGACUGUAAAAUAUGGUUUAUGAAAUAUCGGUUCGUGCAA